GCCCGGGUCCGGUCUGAAGAGAAAGCAUACUUACCUGGCAGGGGAGACACCUUGAUCAUGAAGGAGGUUUUCCCAGGCUUACAUUCCUCCUUGUGCGAAACAGGCUAUAGAUCUAGAAGUCUCUUCCAAGCCACAUUCUGCAGAAAGAGUUACAUAGGAACAACGGGAAAGAGUGGCAGGAGACCUGUCAGGGAAUUGGUUUGUCUUACCUUCCUUGCCUACAAAGAAUAAUUUCAAAUCUUUCGAAGACUGUGUGGCACUAGCCAUGCGGAAAGGGAACUUAACAGCAUGCUGCGACCCCACUAACCAACAGAUGGACAUGUCAAAGAGGCCGAGCAGCGAUGGCAGCUCAGUAAACACAGGCCCCAAAGGGGUGAUCAAUGACUGGAGGAGAUUCAAGCAGCUGGAGACAGAGCAGCGGGAGGAACAGUGCCGGGAGAUGAAGCGCCUCAUCCAGAAGCUCUCGAUGACAUGCAGGUCCCACCUGGACGAUGAGGAGGACAAGCGGAAGCAGCAGGAGCUCCAGAAAAAGCUGGAUGGCAAGCUAACCCUGCAGGAGUACAGCGCGCUGCGCGAGGGCCCAGAUGAUGAGGAGUUCCUGCAGCAGUACCGCAAGCGGCGCAUGGAGGAGAUGCGGCUGCAGCUGCGCGGCGGGCAGCACUUCCAGCAGGUUGUCGAGAUCGACAGUGGGGAGGCCUUUCUGGUCACCAUUGACAAAGCGCCCAAGAAUUCCCUGGUGAUGGUCCACGUCUAUGAGGAUGAUGUCCCAGGGGCUGGCUCCCUCCACGGAUGCAUGGUCUGCCUGGCCACUGAGUACCCCGUGGUCAAGUUCUGCCGGGUGCGGAGCUCCCUGAUCGGCGCCAGCUCCCGCUUCACCACCAGCGCCCUGCCGGCACUCCUGGUCUACAAGGGUGGGGAACUGGUGGGCAACUUUGUCCGUGUCACUGACCAACUGGGUGAGGACUUCUUUGCCGGGGACCUGGAGGGCUUCCUGCAGGAGUGCGGCCUGCUCCCUGAGAAGGACCUGGUGCUCCUCACCUCUGUCCUCGAUGCCUCCUCCUCCUCCUGCCUCAGCGAGGACAGUGACCUGGAGAUCAACUGAGGGCACCCUAGGGGGAGCAGAGAGGCACCUGUGAAGGGGCGAGUAGAAAAGCCCACCCUUCACCUAUGGAAGCCCAGAAGGACCAGAAAAAGUUAUAUAUGGAGAAUAAAUGGUUGAGAUAUUCGGAUUUAUUGUUGGAAGAUAAUGAAGGAUUUAAAUUAAGACCAUUUGAGCAAAUUAAAGAUAAAUUGGAUUGGCUACAUUAUUACCAGAUCAAUGAACUGUUUAAGCUUGAUAAGAAAAAUGGUUUUGCAUCGGGAAAAACCAAAUUGGAAACGGAGUUGUUAGAUACUAAUGUCAAAAACUUAUCGAAAAUGUAUGAUUUACUGUUGGAGUGGCAUACAAAGGAUGAACAAGUCAAAUCUGUGAUGCUAGAUUGGGCAAGAGAUGUUGGGCACAAUAUAAUGUUGGAAGAUCGGGAAAGGUUGUUGAAGAAAGGGGUUAAGUUUACUGCAUGUACUGUACUAAAAGAAAAUAUAGUGAAAAUGAUGUAUAGAUGGUACUUAACCCCAGUUUACUAAUAAAGAUUUAUCAUUUGAGUGAUAAUUUAUGUUGGAAAUGGAAAGAAAAGGAAGGCACCUUUUAUCAUAUGUGGUGGAUGUGUCCCAAGGUGAAAGACUUCUGGGGAAUGAUUUAUAAUGAGUUGAAAAAGAUGUUGAAAUAUACAUUUAUAAAAAAACCAGAGGCCUUUCUACUUGGGUUUGGAACUGCCCAUGAAAGACAUUAGAUUGUUUUUGUAUGCCACAACUGCAGCAAGAAUUAUGUUAGCCAAAAACUGGAAAUUACAAGAAAUACCAACAGUGGAGGAAUGGCAGAUAAAGAUGAUGGACUUUUUGGAGCUGGCUGACCUGACCGGAAGAAUCCUCGAAGAGAAAGAGGAGGAGUAUCAAGAAGAAUGGAAGAAAUUUAAGGAUUAUUUAGCCAAAUAUUCUAAGAUUAUAUAAGUAGAAUUAUUUGUGAGUACCAUAUUGGCUUAGGAGUUAAAUAUGUUAAAUAGCAUAUUAUGGAUAGAAGUUAAUAUGAUAAGAAAGAAAGAAGUUAAUCGACCAAGUUACCGGUAAUCUUAUUUAAAAAUAGUAUUGGAAAACUGCUACAAUGAUUUACAUGGAAACUCAGGGGGAUUCGAGGAAGUCACUCAAUAAUGGUACAAAAGUGGGAUUAUAAUAGUUAGGAUAAUUGUUUGUAUAUUUGUUUGUUUUUUAUAUUGUAAUGCUUUUCUUUUAUGUUUGUUGUAAAUUUGGAAAACCAAUAAAAAAAAUUGGAAAAAAAGAAAGAAAAGCCCACC